ACCACAAUCCCGAGUCUCCAUCUUCCUCCAACAGGGCAAGGGACCAACUUGCGUCUUGCAGCCACAGUAACAUUUUUCUGCUGACAUAACCCCAACCAGAUUUAAAAGACUCCAGUCAUGACGGACUCCAAAUAUUUCACGACAAACAAAAAAGGGGAGAUCUUUGAACUGAAGGCAGAGCUGAACAAUGAGAAGAAGGAAAAGAGAAAAGAGGCUGUAAAGAAGGUCAUUGCUGCCAUGACUGUUGGCAAGGAUGUCAGUUCUUUGUUCCCAGAUGUUGUGAACUGCAUGCAGACCGACAACCUGGAGCUGAAGAAGUUGGUGUACCUCUAUUUAAUGAACUACGCCAAGAGCCAGCCUGACAUGGCCAUCAUGGCUGUCAACAGCUUUGUCAAGGACUGUGAGGACCCCAACCCUCUCAUCCGGGCUCUUGCUGUCCGCACCAUGGGUUGCAUCCGGGUGGACAAAAUCACAGAGUAUCUGUGUGAGCCGCUGAGGAAGUGCCUGAAGGAUGAGGACCCGUACGUGAGGAAGACUGCGGCUGUUUGCGUGGCUAAACUUCAUGACAUCAAUGCUCAGAUGGUGGAGGACCAGGGCUUCCUGGACUCCCUGAGGGAUCUCAUUGCUGACUCAAAUCCCAUGGUUGUGGCCAAUGCAGUUGCUGCCCUGUCUGAGAUCAGCGAGUCUCAUCCCAACAGCAACCUGCUGGACCUCAAUCCUCAGAACAUCAACAAGCUGCUGACGGCCCUCAACGAGUGCACCGAGUGGGGACAGAUCUUCAUCCUGGACUGCCUGUCCAACUACAACCCCAAAGAUGAGCGCGAGGCCCAAAGCAUUUGUGAGCGCGUCACUCCCCGGCUGUCUCACGCCAACUCAGCGGUGGUCCUGUCAGCUGUCAAGGUGCUGAUGAAGUUCUUGGAGCUGCUGCCCAAGGAUUCGGACUACUACAACACCUUGCUGAAGAAAUUAUCCCCACCCCUGGUCACCUUACUCUCUGGAGAGCCGGAGGUCCAGUACGUGGCUCUGAGGAACAUCAACCUCAUUGUGCAGAAAAGGCCUGAGAUCCUGAAGCAGGAGAUCAAGGUGUUCUUUGUCAAGUACAAUGACCCUAUCUAUGUGAAACUGGAGAAACUGGACAUCAUGAUCCGCUUGGCCUCCCAGGCCAACAUUGCCCAGGUGCUGGCUGAACUGAAGGAAUACGCCACGGAGGUGGAUGUUGACUUUGUGCGCAAGGCUGUGCGAGCCAUCGGACGAUGUGCCAUCAAAGUGGAGCAAUCAGCUGAGCGCUGCGUCAGCACCCUGCUGGACCUGAUCCAGACUAAAGUCAACUACGUGGUUCAGGAGGCCAUUGUGGUCAUCAGGGACAUUUUCCGCAAGUACCCCAACAAGUAUGAGAGCAUCAUUGCCACACUGUGUGAGAAUCUGGACUCUCUGGAUGAGCCUGAUGCUCGUGCUGCCAUGAUCUGGAUUGUUGGCGAGUAUGCCGAGAGGAUCGACAACGCCGACGAGUUGCUGGAGAGUUUCCUUGAGGGCUUCCAUGAUGAGAGCACCCAGGUCCAGCUCACUCUGCUGACGGCCAUUGUCAAGCUGUUCCUGAAGAAGCCAUCGGAGACUCAGGAGCUGGUGCAGCAGGUCCUCAGCCUGGCUACUCAGGAUUCUGACAACCCUGAUCUGCGUGACAGGGGCUACAUUUAUUGGCGCCUGUUGUCCACUGACCCUGUGACCGCCAAGGAGGUGGUGCUGUCAGAAAAGCCGCUGAUCUCUGAGGAGACAGACCUGAUCGAGCCCACCCUGCUGGACGAGCUCAUCUGCCACAUUGGCUCCCUUGCUUCUGUCUAUCACAAACCGCCCAGCGCCUUCGUCGAGGGCAGCCACGGAAUCCACCGGAAACACCUUCCUGUGCAGCACAGCAGCAUUGAUACAGGUGAGAGCCCAGUGAGUGGCGGACCAGCAGCUGCCAUGGACCAGCCACAUGUCAUCCCCAGUCAGGGUGACCUUCUGGGUGACCUGCUGAACCUGGACCUGGGCCCUCCAGUCAAUGUGCCCCAGGUCUCCUCCAUGCAGAUGGGUGCUGUGGACCUUUUGGGAGGAGGGCUGGACAGUUUGCUGGGGGGAGACCUGGGCGGAGGUGUUGGGGGAAGUCCAGCAGUGGGACAGAACUUCAUUCCUUCAUCUGUCCCCAGCACUUUUGCUCCGUCACCUACGCCCGCUCCUCAGGCUGUCAGCAGCGGCCUCAACGACCUGUUUGAGCUUUCCACGGGCAUGGCCAUCACAACUGGAGGUUUUAUUUCUCCAAAAGCAGUGUGGCUGCCUGCAGUGAAAGCCAAGGGACUGGAGAUCUCUGGAACCUUCUCUCGCCGCCAGGGCCACAUGUACAUGGACAUGUCCUUCACCAACAAGGCCCUGCAGCACAUGACCGACUUCGCUGUGCAGUUCAACAAGAACAGUUUUGGGAUGAUCCCUACCAGUCCUCUGCCCGUUCACACUCCGCUGAUGCCAAGCCAGACUAUUGAGGUCUCUCUGCCUCUCAACACCAUCGGGCCAGUAAUGAAGAUGGACCCACUCAAUAAUCUGCAGGUGGCUGUGAAGAACAACAUCGAUGUCUUCUACUUCAGCGUACUCAUCCCUCUCAACAUAUUCUUUGUUGAGGAUGGAAAAAUGGAGCGACAGGUGUUCCUGGCUACCUGGAAAGACAUCCCCAACGAGAACGAGCUGCAGUACCAGAUAAAGGAGUGCCACCUAAAUGCAGACACAGUGUCAGGGAAGCUGCAGAAUAACAAUAUUUACACCAUCGCCAAGAGGAACGUAGAAGGCCAGGAUAUGCUCUACCAGUCCCUCAAGCUAACUAACGGCAUCUGGAUCUUGGCUGAGCUCCGUAUUCAGCCCGGGAACCCCAACUACACGCUGUCUCUUAAGUGUCGGGCCCCAGAGGUUUCUCAGUACGUCUACCAGACGUACGACUCUGUGCUGAAGAACUGAUCUCACAGAGAAACUAUGCUUCAUCCUGACAACAAACUGCAGUGUUUUAUCAUUUUCUGCCACCUGCAGCUAACUGCCAAAAUAAGGGUAUCCAAGCGGUAAAAGAUAGCUACUAAAUAAUUUGGAAUAUUGGGCAAAUGUCAGUAAAUCCAAAAGUAUUGUGGAUAGAUAAUGUACUGAAGUUAAACAGUAUGUUGAUGUUUGAUGUUUCCAUUAUUUUGGCAGUUGAAAGCAUAAUUAAAUCCUCUUAUUCAACCCCCUUCUUCUGUUUUUACCUUUCAGUAAAAACAUGUCAACAAUUCCAUCCUUAACUUAGUGUCUUAAUGUUGUAAAGAUGUGACUGAUGGUAAAACUGUCAUGAGUGGAAAAAAAAUCUCCCCAGUUUCCACAAAGCCAAUGUUUUAUUUUAUUUUGUACGGUGUACGGCUUACACUCCUUUUUGUUUCGAUUUAUUUUUUUAUAUUAACUUUGCUCCAGUUGCACCUGCAAAAUAAUUCCAGUGUUGAUUUGUUCCUUUUGCCAUUAAUGUGAGUGAAGAGAAACCAACAAUGUGAUGAUCAGAUGCUGCCAACGUCUGCCCUACAGCAGGUUUGCCUCCUGAAGGUCAGAGCUCAUAAUUACUUUUAGAUACAUGCUAAAUUAACAAAAAUGGAGCACAUUGAGCAUUUGUACCACUGUUUUUCCUGUUAUGACUUUAACACAGCUUGUAUUUAAGGGGAUAACUUACAAUUUAUGCAGCGUUAAGAGCGAAAAUACUUUUUCCUACAAAAGUAUGAAACGUCAAUCGAAAACUUGACAUGACAUUCCAAAAGAUGGAAAAAGAAAGUGACCAGAUCCAGGCAUUUCAUUGCUGCUACACUUAAGUCUCCUGACAUUUGUCCUCUUAUCUGUGACAAAACAAUAUUCAGAAUAUUCAGCAAUAUAAAGCAACUUCAGUGGACCUGUUCUGGCAUUAUAGAAUUUUUUUUUACAUAAUUAUAAAAAAAAUAAAACAUGUCUACGAUUGCAUUAUAAAGACACAAAAGUAACUCCAAAACAUCCAGUUUAUUAGAGGAAAACUGUCAGUAGAACAGACGGUCAAGGAACUUCUGACUGAAGUAACGCACAGCACAUUUGUUUAAAUUCUUGUUUAGGUUGCCAUUUUAUUUUCAACUUGAAAGUCUUCACUCCUUAGCGUGGAACCACUACACAAACUACAGCAGCUAUUGAUAAUGUGUUAACACACCAGUGCCACUCCGUUUUAAUAACAUUUGCUAAUUCAUUUCACAUGUGAUUCUUUCUGUAAUAGCCCCGUUUACUGCAACCACACAGUUGAACGUGGCUUUACGCAUCUGUUUUGUCAUUCCUAUUUAUUGUGCAUCUACCUCUGCGUGUUUCCUUUUUAACUGGCUUUAUUGUUGCAGUAGCUUCAAUUCUGUAAUGUGCUUUAAACGAUUCACCUUUUUCUUUUGAUACCAGUGUUGUUUUUUGUUAUCUUCAUGCCAUUUGCUGUCAAGACAGUCUAAAGCUGUGGCAAGUCGAGCGAACCAAUCUCACAGGACCAAGCAUUCACGCAAAUUAAAUGCCAAGCUUAUGUUUCAAUACCUUAGUGUCAAUAUAAUCUUCUAAUGUUGGCUAUUUGUGCCAUAAGGCCCUAGUGCAAUGUGUUUCAGUGGUGGUGUAGUUAAUGUAGCUAAUAAAUUAACAUGUAUUGGUAUUACCCUGAAAAGGAAAUUAAGUCUUGCCUUUAUCUAAUCAACAGAAAAGACUUUUUCAGCGUAACAGUUGUGUUGGUGACACUAUUUUCCUACAUGUAACAAUAGGUUUAUGUGCCUGCAUGAGCCCACUGUCAUUUUUAUUCUUUCUCAUUUAGGCUUUGCUCCAUUUACAAACUAAUCCCUCAACUUCAAGUCUCUAUUGUAGAUCUCAUGUUUGUUUUUUUAAAGCAGCAUUGUCUCCAGCACUCCAACACAUAGACGUAUAUCUAAAACCUUUGCCAGCAAUACAGGAUGUAUGGUGAGAACUAUCGAAGCAUCUUAUGAGAUGGAAUAUUUCAAUUGCUGUAACCCUGUUGUAAUGAUUUGUUAUUGUCACAGUACCACAUCUUAUGUCAUUAAACUGUCAAAAACA